GUUUAUAGCGCUAGAACGGUUGUUGGUUAAGAGCGCCAUGUGGAUCCCCAUGUCAAACAGGAAACUCGAGUAUGUUGGCGGCCUCGGACUGGAACACCUAGUCCCCCCGACGCCCGCAGACAUGAUACCGACCAAGUCAAUUUCGCAGAUGAACUCAUGAUCGUCGACAUCCGAAUAUUGAAGAAGACGGCGUUGGGAAGCAAUUCGAAGUCCCCAUUGGAAGCUUGCUUAAGCAAUUGUCAGUCCAUUCGACGGCAGCGUGGAUCGUAUCAAGACAGCAAUAGGCUGAGUGAUGUCCUCGAAUGCACCUGGGGGCUCUGCUAUCUGCCGCUACUGAAAGGGCUACCAUGUGGAGGUUCACGCAACUCGAACCGGCGCAUCAACAGAUACACACAGCGUUGCGGGGCAUUAGCGUGCGCAUUCAGGUCUUGGCAAAGGGAGAAGCCACGGAAGCUGAGAAGCACCCACGAUAUGCCACCCGCCGGCGAAAAGGAAGCGAAGAUGAUCCUUACAGGACUUUACUUAUCUUUCGAGGCGUAUCAAGAUUCGGCGAAUAUUCAGCUCCUUAAUGGCAGGAGUGGCCAUAACCCAUGGAUGCAACGUUUUCGCACUGGUUUUCUCACCUUUCUGGUCCAUGUUGGCCGGGGCUAUCUUUGGAGCAACUGGAGUCUGGGUGCAUCAUGCUUCACCAUGUCAGAUUCCCUGCUCACAGGGACCUGAACGCAUGAUAACCUUCCCUAGCGCU